GGAGUCUGCGCGCAGGCGCUCUGCCCCCGCAGUGUAUGCCUGCCUCCAGGCCAACUGAUGAGAGAUCGGUAUCGCCGAGCACUCAAGGGACUCCGGAUGCUGAGAAACUGGCCCUGCCCUCAAAGAUCUUAUAUUCUAUUGGAGAGAAACAAUUCAUACAUAAGAGAAGGAAGGGAAUAAAGCAGUUAUAUAGGCCUAACAUAUACCACAACAACCCUCCGAGGAGGCAAAGAUGGUCUGGCCUGGGAAAGGGAGUAAGGAGGCAGGUGCACUGGCAUCCCUGAUGCACUGAGGCCUGAGGCCGUGUGCCAUGGCAGCUCAGCCCCUGGCCUGGCUCUCUAGCCUGCCCACCGCUGUGGUCUAUGGUUCCUUGUCACUCUUUGUCUCCAUUCUACACAAUGUGUUCCUGCUGUACCACGUGGACACGUUUGUCUCUGUGUACAAGAUUGACAAGCUGGCCUUCUGGGUUGGAGAGACAGUGUUUCUCCUCUGGAACAGCCUCAAUGAUCCACUCUUCGGCUGGCUCAGUGACCGUGUCUUCCUUAGCUCCACACCUAGGGCAGGGGCUUCAAUCCCAUCCAAGGAUGUGGUUCUGACAAGGCUCCGGGCUCUCAGCCGGCAUGGCCCACUGCUGGCUCUCGCUUUCCUGGCAUUUUGGGUGCGAUGGGCGCCCACGGGGAUGCAGUUCUUGCUUUGUUUGUGUCUGUAUGAUGGCUUCCUGACCCUGGUGGACCUCAAUCACCAUGCUUUGCUGGCUGACCUGGCCUUGUCUGCCCAUGGCCGAACACACCUCAAUUUCUACUGCUCUCUCUUCAGUGCAGCUGGCUCCCUCUCCGUCUUCGCCUCCUACACUGUGUGGAACAAGGAAGAUUUCUCUUCCUUUCGUGUCUUCUGUGUGGUUCUGGCUGUCUGCUCUGGGCUUGGCUUUACUGGAGCCACGUGGCUACUGAGGCAACGAUUUGAGACAGACAGGAGGAUGCUGGGGGCCCUGCAUUCAGCCUCAGAAGGCCCAGAUGUGGAGAAACCAUCAGCAGAUGAGGGGGAAAAAAGAGUCACCCUGGGCGAGUACCUCCAGCAGCUGGCCCGCCACCGAAACUUCCUCUGGUUCGUAGGCAUGAACUUGGUGCAGGUCUUUCACUGCCACUUCAACAGCAACUUCUUCCCUCUCUUCCUGGAGCACCUGCUGUCAGACCAGAUCUCUCUCUCCAUGGGCUCCUUCCUGCUGGGGGUGUCCUACAUCGCUCCUCAUCUCAACAACCUCUACUUCCUGGCACUGUGCCAAAGGUGGGGUGUUUAUGCAGUGGUUCGAGGGCUCUUCCUUCUUAAGCUGGGCCUCAGUCUACUCAUGUUGCUGGCUGGACCAGACCACCUCCACCUCCUUUGCAUCUUCAUUGCCAGCAACCGUGUGUUCACGGAGGGUACCUGUAAGCUGCUGACCCUGGUGGUCACAGACCUGGUGGAUGAGGACUUGGUGCUGAACCACCGGAAGCAGGCUGCUUCAGCACUUCUCUUUGGGAUGGUGGCCUUGGUGACCAAGCCUGGCCAGACCUUUGCCCCACUGCUAGGCACUUGGCUGCUUUGCUUCUAUACUGGUCAUGACAUUUUCCAGCAGCCCUUGCUGACCCCAGUGGGCAGUGCAAGGCCUUGGCUGGAUCCCCCUGCCCCACCUCGGGCACCGUUACGUCAGGGAUGCUUCUACUUGCUGGUACUGGUUCCCAUCAUGUGUGCGCUGCUGCAGCUGGUCACUUGGUCCCAGUUCACCUUGCAUGGGAGGCGCCUCCAUAUGGUUAAGGCCCAACGCCAAAGUCUGUCCAAACCCUGGGCUUUGGAUAUUAAGACUGUCUGAGGGGCCUCGGGGAAAGGCAGACUAUGGUGCUGGUUGCCCAACUACUCUUUUACCUGAGCCAGGAGCCGGGAACCUCCUUACCCAGGCUCCCCUUUUCUGGCGUUGUUUCUCAGGUACAGCAGGAAUGUGGCCAGGGAACGAAACCUCUAAGGUUUUUCCUUGGACCCACAUGCUGAGGUCACAAUUCUCCAUCCUUCCUCUCACCUCCUGGCAGUUAACUCAGGGUGAAGGCUAUGAAGUGGGUCCUUAGGAUCUCGUCAUCAGCUGUCUGCAUCCUUUGUCGUGUGCCCAACACGCAGAUAUUGGAGCACUUAAUUUCCCCCUGCACAGAUUGGGCAGCUGGGAGGGCUGGGGGCGGGCCCCUUCAAAAGCUUGGCUUGGCCCUGGCUGCCUGGGCAGAAGCUGCAGGAGGAGAGGCUAUUCUCUGUAAGGAUGGUCAGGUUGAGGAUGUCAGUGGGUCUGCAUGGCUGCCAGAACUGGCCUGUGACUGAAGGUCAUUUCAAAUCCUCUCUACUUUGUGCUCCACUCAUCCCAGGAAUGGGCUUAUUUUGCAGGGACUCAUUAAAGCCAGUAAAUCAUUUUUGCUCCUUA